AUGGACAAGGCUAAGCGCAAGCCAAAUUUUUCGGAAGGUGAAAAAUAUCGACUUUGCGAGGAAUAUGAGAAUGUAUUUAAUGUAGUGACGGGAAAGUUCAGUGCCAAUAUUUCAAAUAAGAAGAAACAUGAUGCGUGGCAGAAUAUCACCUCCGCCAUGAAUAGGCGAAAUCCGUCGGUUACGAGGUCCGAUGCUGACUAUCUCAAGAAAUGGCAGAAUUUGUGUUCAAAUGCAAAGGAUGAAUACAGGAAAUAUCGUAAAGAGCUAGCUAAAACAGGAGGAGGACCGGCACCAGUUGAACCGUCACUGAUUUCGCAGAAAGUUUUGGCAAUUUUGGGUGAAGAUGACCCAACACUCACAGGGAUAGAAGGUGGCAUUGAAAACACGCCGGCUGUUGUCUCAAAUACUCCCACUACAAGUACAUCUACGGCAAGUGGAAGUAGUAGUUCAAGUACGGAUUCCAUUCGUGAACAGCCAUUUUGCUACCACGUUGAUGAAUCGACAUCUAGCAUCCAUCACGACUUGGGUAUUUAUUGA